AUGAUGGGCUCCGUGCUCCCGGCGGAAGCCCUGGUGCUGAAGGGCGGACUCAAGGCGCCCAGCCUCUCCCUGGCCGAGGUGAUCACGUCGGACAUCCUGCACAGCUUCCUCUACGGCCGUUGGAGGAACGUCCUGGGGGAGCAGCUGUUCGAGGAGAAGGCCGGCCUGGGCGCCCCCGGAGGCGGAGGAGGAGGAGGAGGAGGAAGCAGCGCGGGAGGGGGGCCCGGCAACCCCAAAACCGCCUUCACCGCCGAGGUCCUGGCACAGUCCUUCUCGGGAGAGGUGCAGAAGCUAUCCAGCCUGGUCCUGCCUUCGGAGGUCAUCAUCGCCCAGAGCUCCAUCCCCGGAGAAGGGCUGGGCAUCUUUUCGAAAACAUGGAUCAAAGCCGGCACCGAAAUGGGACCCUUCACAGGCCGGAUCAUCUCGCCGGAACACGUUGACCUUUGCAAAAACAACAACUUGAUGUGGGAGGUCUUCAAUGAAGACGGGACGGUCCGCUACUUCAUUGACGCUAGCCAAGAAGACCACCGCAGCUGGAUGACGUACAUCAAGUGCGCCAGGAACGAGCAAGAACAGAACCUAGAAGUGGUCCAGAUUGGCAACAGCAUCUUCUACAAGGCCAUCGAGAUGAUUCCUCCAGAUCAAGAACUGCUCGUUUGGUAUGGAAAUUCCCACAACACAUUUCUGGGCAUCCCUGGGGUCAUAGGUCUUGAAGACGAACAGAAAAAGAACAAGCACGAGGACUUCCACGGCUCCGAGGCGGGCGCCAGCUCAACCGGGCGCAUGCGCUGCGUCAUUUGCCACCGCGGCUUCAACUCCCGCAGCAACCUGCGCUCCCACAUGAGGAUCCACACCCUGGACAAACCGUUCGUCUGCCGCUUCUGCAACCGGCGCUUCAGCCAGUCCUCCACCCUGCGCAACCACGUCCGCCUGCACACCGGCGAGCGGCCGUACAAGUGCCAGGUUUGCCAGAGCGCCUACUCCCAGCUGGCCGGCCUCCGGGCUCAUCAGAAAAGCGCCCGCCACCGCCCCCCCAACGGGACCCUGCCGUCGCACUCGCCCGCCUUGCCUGUGGCGCACCCCACCUCUUUGGCCCACCACAUCCCCACCAUGGUGCUGUGA